AUGUGUUUUGAAUCGUUUCUAUUUUACUCAACGUUUCCUUUAUUUCCCUCUUUCUCUUUACCUUGUACCUUACAUACAUUCUUUUGCUCCUCUCUCUCUGUCUUUCUCUCUCGUCUUCUCUCUCACUCUCACUCUCUGCUCUCUGCUCUCUGCUCUCUCUUUCUCUCUCUCGUUUUCUCUUUGUUUCUCUCUUUUUCCUCUUGUUUCAUAUUUUACUAUUCUCGCAUACAUUCCCCCCCACCACCACCACAGCGAGUGAUGCCAAAAACCUUUCUUCGCUUUUCGCCAAUUUUCUUCAUCGUUCUUCAUCUUCUCUGUUUUACUUUUUUGUCAUUUUUUUUGUCUUUCUCCUUUUUCUUACUCUUUCUUUUUCUCUUCAGUUCUACGUCUCUUUCUAUCAUUUCUCUCUUCUCUUCUCAUUUCCUCCCUUCUCUCUCUGUAUAUUCUUCUUCUCUCGCUUUCUCUCUAUUUCUCUAUUUCUCUGUUUCUCCCUCGUCCUUUUUCCUCUUUAUUUUUAUCCCUUCUCUUCUUCCCGUCUCUCCCGUUUUCUGA